AUGCUUGAUAGCCGGACGGGAAGUUGCAAGGGCAUUGCCUGGAUUACAUUCCAAGACAAAGUGGCCUUCGAGAAAGCUGUCAGUUGGAGCGGGUGUGACUUCAAUGGUCGCUGCCUGGAGAUAAAAGCUGGGAAGCAGUUCCACACUGGCAUCCGGCCUUCUGUGCAAGCCCCCGGCACGCACACACCUGCCCUUUGUGAAGAGGUUGUCAAGAAGCUUGUGGCGCCCAAUCCAGGUGGUAUCUAUGUGGAUGGCACAUUUGGCAGAGGCGGUCACACCAGAGCUAUGCUAGCGGCAAUGUCACCAUCCGGGUCGCUCCACGCCUUCGACAUGGAUCCGGAAGCCAUCGCAGUGGGCAAAGAACUCAUGCAGGCUGACUCCCGCUUCACCAUCCACCAUGCUCCUUUCAGCUCCAUGAAGGCUGUACUGAAGGAGUUGGGUUUGCGGCCCUCUGGUGUCCUUUUCGAUCUUGGUAUCUCCUCACCUCAAUUUGACGAUGCGGGACGUGGCUUUCGCCCUGAGGCCGAUGGCCCGCUCGACUUGCGCUUCGACCAGACUCAAGGCAUCACUGCGUGGGAUUUCUUGAUGUCCGCGCCACGAGAGGAGAUUAUCCGAGUGAUAUCUCAGUAUGGUGAAACCACUGAUCUUUUGGCUGCACAACGCAUCGCUGAUGUCCUUUGCUUGGCUCGGUCUCGCGGAGCUCUGCCGCAAAGGACCCGAGAGUUUGCAACACUUGUGGCUCAGGCCAAGGGCCCGGAAUACCAAGCGAUGCAUCCCGCCAAGCUCACCUUCCAGGCCUUGCGCAUUCACUUGAACAAUGAGUUCGAUGAGAUGCGAAAGGGAAUUCGUGCUGCGUUCAACCUCCUCACCGAAGGAGGUCGAAUUGGGUUGAUCUCUUGGAAGCACUCUGAGUGUGCUAUCAUCAUGGACACGUUUCGAUCCCUCGAAGCUGUGCGCGACAAGGAGCCACUUCUGAAGUGGUACAGUGCGCAGCCUGAUGCAGUGCCUCUUCCAGAGCGGUGGUCUAUGGAGAUGGACGAGGUAACACGACCAUCCGAGAAGGAACUUCAGACAAAUUCUCGAUCUCGUUCUGCUUUGCUUCAUAUCUUGCGCAAGCGGCGCAUGCCGCGCUUGGCGGACCUGGAGCAGAUGGCAUAUGAGCUGCCAACUUGGUGCAGUGUCACUGAGCCUUCCAGCAGCUCUACCCCAGCAAAGAAGCGAAGGAAAAAAGAGAAAGCAGAGAUGGCAGACGAGGAGACACCCGAGAUGCAGAUAGAAAUCCCGGAAGCAGAAGGCAGUGUGGAAACAACAUUGCGGUGGCCAUGCGGCAAAUGCGGCAAAAAGGGACACCGGUUGAGCGAGUGCCCAAAGUCCCGCAUGGAGGGUUGUAAUCAUUGUGGCCAGGUAGGCCACGCCACCAAACAGUGCAUCUUCGGUGCCAAGUCUUCCGAGCGUUUCCUCUACUGUGAGAGCGUGAGGCCGCACUUGCCAUGCUUUUGGCGACGCUUUGUGAUUCCACUCCAGCGAGCUGAUGCCACACAGUUUACAGCUGAAGACCCCCGGAAGUGCGGGCGCGCCGAUGUUGGCCUUCGCUGCCUCUCUGCUGCUCUUUUCAGGAGCCAAGGUGUGAGGCACAACACCCAGGUCUGUCUAUCUUUUGAGUCAAGUGGACACACCCUGGAAGUCUCUGGAGCACUGGUCAGAGGCCUAGUGCCUGACGAGCCGCGCAUCGCGGAACGAGUGCGCUUGGCCUUGGACGGAGAAGAUUUGCCUGACCCUCUCCAAGAACCUGAGGCCUGGUGUACAAGUCCGCUGCGGGGUAUGGAAGCCCGUUCGCGCUCCACAAGGGCAGCGCUGAAGGCGGCACUGAAACCAGGGGAAGGAUGUGAUUCUGGAAGGGUCGUCAUGCUACUUCUAGAUGCCGACGGCGAACCGAUUGGAGAAGUGCUGAAGCAGAUCCGCAGGGCCGGUGCAGUUCAGGGCGUCGUGGUCUUGGUGGGCGACCACCGGGGCUUCAGCUCCCAGGACAUCGCUGGCUACGAGAAGGUUGCCCUUUCAGCCGGUGCUGAUGUGGUUCGUGCGUCCCUGGGAGGCACGACACUCUUAGGUUCGCAUGCAAUUGUCAUUCUGCAGCACUACUUGGACGAGCACAUGCAUCGUUGCGAGGCAGAAGAGAAAUUGUUGUGCCUUUGA